AUGUGCUCAAGUAUACGUCUGUGGCACUUCAUCCCAGGUCAAGGAAGGGAAAAAGAAGGUGAAAAACGAGCCCUGCGACGUUUCUACCGACUUCCGUACCCAUCGUUUCCCAGCAACCAAUUGGCCCAUGGAUAUCAAGCAGCACGCACGGGCCGCUCUCAGCAGCCGCAAGACGGACGGCAGGGCCUGCGCGUGGCCAUUGUGCGCACGCAGUGGAACGCAGAGAUCGUGAACUCGCUCGUGCUGGCCGCGCAGACGGAGCUCCGGAGCGCUGGCGUAGCUUUGGACGACGUGGUCAUCGUCGCGGUCUCGGGCGCUUACGAGCUUCCGUAUGCUGCGAGUCGCCUCAUUACGUCACAAAAGCUGGAUGCAGUGAUCUGCGUCGGGUGUCUCAUUAAGGGAGAAACCAUGCACUUUGAGUACAUUUGCGACGCCGUGUCGCAAGGCAUUAUGCGCGUGCAGCUGGACACGAACGUGCCCGUGCUCUUUGGUGUCUUGACGGUGCUCAAUGAAGAGCAGGCGAGAGACCGCGCGGGACUCUCGGACAAGGGCCACAACCAUGGAAUUGAAUGGGCGCAGACGGCUGUCGAGAUGGCGCGUCUGCGCGAAGCCACCGCUCAAGAGCGGCUGUCCGAUGCGCGCUCCCGAACAUUUGCCGUACGACAGCUUAAGCAACUGUCCGUUCUUUUCAGUCUCGACGUGGCUGCACGUCGCUACUCUUGGUGCAAUUGGAGUUGUCAUUGCUCUCGUCUCGAAGAAGCUCACGUAAACGACAUUACGGCAGGAGGAGGGAGGAGAAAUGGACGUGAUGGACGAGUCAUGUAG